GUUUUGUAUUGAAGACCUGAAAAAGAAAUUAAUUUUACUCCGAUCCUAAUGCUGUUGUCAUGAGAUACGUUUAUGGUUACAUCCGGCUUUGAGUUCAAAUAGGAUUGAUAUCAGUGUCUAAGUUGUGAAAUAUCAACACUGAUAAUUUAGUUAAUCUGAAAAUGUCUGGACUGUCUAGAGAAGUGCUUAAGUGGCUGCAAAGCCUCGAUUUAACUUGGCAAAUUAAAAAUCCCAAGUGGGACCUUUCGAAUGGAUACUUGAUUGCUGAAAUUUUCUCUUGGUACUUCCCCCAAGAGAUCCAGAUGCAUUCGUUCUACAACAGAGAUUCCUUAGACCUGAAGCAAAGGAACUGGUAUAUCUUGAAAAAUUUCAUCCUCAAAAAUCAGCUUGACCUGAAAAUGGCAGAUGUGGAUGGAACUAUUCACUGUAGAGAAGGAGCUGCUGCCCAGCUUACAGAAAAGCUAUAUGAAAUUCUCACAAACAGAAAGGUGAAGAAGGUCCCUCCUGAAAUGCCAAUAGACUACACAGACUCUGCUUAUCAAAUGCAGCUGCCGAUGCAUGCAAGAUCUACAGCAUCAAAAGCAGUGAAAAACAACCUAAGGCUAACAGAAGUUCUGGCUGAUCAAAAUUUGAUUACCUGUGCUCAAAAGUCUCAGAAAAUCAUCAAUGAUCAUAUUGAUCAUCGUCGACAAGAGCGAGUGGAGGAUCCUGAUAGAUUUGGGAUUAAGCCUACUCUUGGAGACCGCUGUGUCCGACGCCCAGAACCCCCCCAGAAACUUCAGUCAGAGCAGAGUCACCUGACCAAUACGACAGACGUGCCCUCUGAGCUUCCUGCUGAUUCUACCAACGAACGUCCCCUGACCAGAGAGCACAGCGUCCACUUCAAGGAGGUGGAGGUCAAGCAGAUGGACAAGUCAGCCUUCUACCAGUUGCCCAUACAAAGUUAUUAAUCUCCUCACUUUAUGUUCUCUUACAAGUCAGGAGCCAGUGUAUCACAAGCCUAUAGAGAACCUAGGACCCAUUUAUAUUAGUAUGUGAAUAGAAUAAAAAGGUAGAUGAGAUGACCAUAAAAUGAGAAAUAAAAGGUCUAACCAGCUGCUCAGUUAAGUGUUCUAAGUACAACAAAUAAAGGGCACAAAUACUGUCUGACUGCUUGACGUUGCAUUUUUUUCUUUUGAAACAAAAAAAAAAUGAUGAACUCAGUGACUGACAAUAAUUAAUCAUGAUGUUUGACCUUUGGGAAAAAACUGCUAUAUCUCUUAAAAUGCUUUAACGAUCAAGAUUUUAAGGUCUAAUGAAUCAAAAUUUUACUUUCCACCAUAAUGAAAAGCAUAGGGCCAAUGUAAGCAUGUACUUCUUUAGUCCAGUAAAAAAACCAGGACAGAAAUAUUUAUUGUAUUUAAUUUCCAUGUGUAUGUCAGUUCGUAUACUUUAAAAAAAAACAACAACCCAAGUUGCAGGUAGGUUUGUGUGAAGAAACUGGUUCAAAUUCAGGGAUGACUGGUAAUGCCAAGUUAAUUUACCAGUUACUGGCACAUUUUUUAAUCUUAAUUUUAAAUCAUGUAAGAAUAAGUUCUUGUCUAUGAUCAGAGUAGUCUGCAAGGAUAAGUGAAAAUGGCUUAACACAAUGUCUGUCAUACAGCUAGCAGAUUUCUUGCUUUACAUUCUCUUUAUUUUAUAAGGAAUAGGAAAAAAAUUCCUGUACCCUGAAUAUGGAUAAAAUCAACCUCUCUAUUUAAUGUCCUAUCCAGGGUAUUGCCAGUAUAUAAAUGGUUUAUAGUCUUGUUGCCCUUCCGAAGAAGAUCCCAGCAGUUGCAUAGCUGCCUUGGAUGGCCAGUUUAUUCCAUUUUACCCUUUCAGUCUCUGGGGCAUGUAUAGUAGAUUGCUGGCAUAAACUGCUUUUGCUCUUGUAAUUUCCAUCUUUGCUCAGUGCCUAGUAACCUACUCAUUAGGAGCUGGACAGGUGGAGGAAAAUAGGUAUCUUUCAUGAAGGCACAGCAUACUGCCACGGGCAGCCAAGAAUGGAACCAAACAUUUUCUUUUCACUGCAACCUGAACAUCUUAAUCACAAUGCUCUAUAGUAGACUACCCCUCUAGUCAGAGAGGCUGAGAGAUUAUUUCAUUUUCCAGUUUUCCUGUGACCAAGCUUAAAGUAAGUAUUACUUCAGUAGGUUACAGAAAACAGUUUUACAGAAAACGGUGAUGUAUCAGUGACGUCAAAGUCCAGAAACAUAGUAACAUGUUUUAAGAUCUUCUUGUUAUUUGAUUUUAUUUUCAACUGGGCGUCCACAACUGCUUUAUCAAUAAAUGUAUCUUUACCAAAAUAUAUUUUUCAAGAUAUUCAGCAGUCAACAGUGAUGUGCAUCAUAAUACAGUCAAACUGCUGAUAGAUUGUUACACUUAUAUAUGUCAAUGUUUUUAUUUGUUUAUCUUGUGAUAUUUGCUAUCCUUCAACUGCCUGUGUAUAAUGUUAUAACUAUAAUCACAGGCAAAGUUCUCUUUAUUAUUAUACCCCUAAAAGUCUUUGCACGAUUUUCUUGAAAUGCAACAUUCCAAACUUACACCCAUAACAUGUUGUACUUCAAAAGAGAAAGUUUUAUAAUCUGACUGCAAUAAGUUGUGAACUUUUGUGGACUGAAGUUGAGAGAUCACAAUUCUUUCAUUUCAAAUGGUUGUUGACACCCUAUCAGUAUGUGUGAUAAAUGGAAUGUUUUAUUCUUUUAUUUUCUGUUGUACUCAGUGUCAUUUGCUCACGGCGUUGUUAGAAUAAAUUAUUGUUUCGAUGCUGA